AUGAAGACCUGUCUCAAUCUGAAUCUCAGAUAUCGACUUGCUGCCUUGGCUUGCUCGGUGCGUGUGGCAUGGAGUUUCAACUACCGAUCACGCGUUGCAAGCUGAACUGAGCAGAGACAAAAUGAGCCCGUAUCGUUGCAUGGCGCAAGACACGGUGUAUCGAAAAGAGCACAUCGAAGCAUUCUGCCGUGGGAAGCUGCACGCUCAGCCCAGUACGCUUGAUGACUCUGUCUCAUUCGCCUUGCUUGUCCCUACAGUGCUCAGCAGAGCUUCGCUUGCAAGAUCAUGUGCAUCUCGAGUGAGCACUAGAGCUGAGCUGGCACUUUCACAAGAAGUGAUUAGCAAGGCUGAGCUCGUAUAGAGGCUCAUCAGCUAGCUCAUCAAGAGCGGGUCGUGGAUCCUUCCCUCAAAAAGGUCGAGCGCAUUCACUUUCUUGCCCCGUCCUCCCUACUCUAUCAUCAAAUUCUGCUCGACUCCACCUCACAGCUGUCAUCAUGGCCGACCGCCAACUCAACGGGGCGGGGAUGGAGCACGAGCUCGACGAACAACAACGCGAUGUUCUCGCAGCCUUCAGCUCUCUACCAGGUGUCGACCACGAGCAACAAUCGGCUCAGAUGACCGGCACAACGCAGCUUGAAAGCAUACGUGAGAAUGUGGAAGACAUUGCGUCGCACGCAGCGGCUCUUGAGCAGCGCCUGCAAGAAGUCUCCACGAUCGUUGACCCCGUGGACGAAAGUGCAUUGGAGCUGCUAGUGAGUCGCCUCCAGUUCUGUUUGUCUCCAUCAUCAUCGAUAAUAGUGAUGCUGGAUUCGAGAGGUGCAUCUGGACUGCACGGCUCUCAUCCACAAGCGCAAGUCGCAUCGCAGCAUCUCUCUGCUGGCAUAGACCCAAUCGCUGAUCCACGUCAUCCCCCCUCGAUCGCUUCCGCACAACCAUUCCUGAUGCAUACCGCAGGCAACUACUCUUCACGAAGCGGCGCUCGCUAUGGGGGCACCGAACAUGCCAAGCAACGUGAUCAUACCAACAAAGAUCUCCGAUCUUCAGUUCUACAGACUCAAACUGCUAGUGAGUCACAAGUCUCGAGUGUUCGUACAUGUGGAAAGACAGAAACUUGUUACGGCCUUCUGAUACGCCCAUGCACUCCGCAGGGUGCCACUUUCAAUCUCCAAGCUGAAAAGUGUCGUCCAGAGGGAGACGAUGACCUCACGUAG